AGUUUCAACAUCAACCCAUCACAAGUGGAGCACAGCAUUCAAGGUUUAGCUACAUAUAUAUGUGAUUAUAUAUAGUUCGAUACAGUCAUGAUUAAGACAUUCCUAGUGCCUCCUUUAAAUGAUCAUGUAUGUCUUGAUCAUGAGCCAGUUAAAUUAGUCAGUGCAGAAUUCAAGAACAGAUAUGCUGCCAGAUAAAACUGAUCACGAGAUAUAAGAAUGCUUUCAGUGCACCGAGUUAAUUAAAGCAGUCGUCGACGACAAAUUAAAGGGAAUUGAUUGAAGAAGAGUUAAAGAAGAAUGAAGGAGCUGAGCUACGAGGAAAUUGAAGCCGCGACCCAAAACUUCGAUCCCUCGCAGUUGAUCGGGAAAGGAAGCCAUGGAAGUGUCUACAGAGGCACGCUCGGAGAUGGCCGAAUCGUAGCAGUGAAGAAGCCGUCAGGAGGAGUCCAAUCCCUUCAAAACCACGCCAAGCUGAACAACGAGAUCGACGUGCUUGCGUCGCUCAGAGACCCCCCAAUCUCCAUCGUCGAAUUCGUCGGCUUCACUCGAGCUCCGGCGAGCUGCAGGCUCCUCGUGAUGGAAUUCCUUCCCAAUGGCUCCCUCCACGCCCUCAUCCACUCCGCUCCGACUCCGCCGGAGUGGCGCCUGCGCGGCGCCAUCGCCCUGCAAAUCGCCCGCGCCGUCCUCUACCUCCACGAGGCCUCGCCGGCGUCGGUCGUCCACCGCGACGUCAAGUCGGCCAACGUGCUGCUCGACGGGAAGUGGAACGCGAAGCUCUGUGACUUCGGACUCACGGCGAGGCCUGGCAAUGACGACGAGCGCUCGGAGACGCCGCCGCCGCCGGCGGGAACGAUCGGGUACAUGGACCCCUGUUACACGGAGCCCGGUAAGCUGGGCCCCGAGAACGACGUGUUCAGCUUCGGGGUGGUGCUGCUGGAGCUCCUCAGCUCGAGGAAGGCGAUAGACGUGGAGCGGGAUCCUUCGUCCGUAGUCGCGUGGGUUCUGGGGAUGGCGGCGGCUAAUCGGAGUGGCGGGAUUUGCGACGAGAGAGUGGCGCUGCCGGAGUACAUGAGGAGGGCGGUCGGUAGGAUGCUGAGGGUGGCGGUGAAAUGCGUGUCGGAGAAGGCGGAGCGGAGGCCGGCGAUGCGGGAGGUGGUGGGGGAGCUGGAGGCGGUGGUGGAAGGGCUGGCGGUGUGGGCGGCGUGGGGGUGUGUGAGGAGUAAGGUGUCGGAGAGAGUGCAGGAGUGCGUGCGGGCGUGGAGGAGGUGCGCAGAGAAGAGGGUGGGAGCAGCUGCGACUGCAAGGAUCGUGUGCGGGGAUCACUUGGUCGAUGGUGGGGACCACGAUAGUAGGGAGGACGACCGUGAGCGUGGACCGUGUACGUAGUUUUGGCUGAAGGCCUGGGACUUUUGUUUUGAUUGGAGAGGAAGUAUUUGGUUUAAAUUAAGGAAAAAUUUACAU